GACUUCUUAGACAACUUCCACAACCACGAUGCCGUCUCAAAAGGCUCCUAAAUCUCCUGAAAUUGUAGUACCUAGAGAAGAGCUGUACUGAGUUGUUUAGUGCUAGCGAUCGGCGAGGGUCACGGACAAGAUGAAAACAUGCUUACAAGUUACAACCGCCGACACUUGCUUCUUAUGACUUUUAUAACCCACGUUCGGCUGCUCACUUAUCAUCGACAUCUUCCGCUCUCGCGUUGUCUUCUACCUUCAUAUCGCUUUCAACAAACACUCCACUCUCGUUUAUAUACCAGACGAUUGAUAUCAACUAGAAACACUAUGCCUAUUCCCCCUAUAGUCCUCACGCGUGAUUCAUCAAUACUCCCAGACCAAUACCCUGCUAGACCAUCUUUGUCCGAAAGACCCCCUACAACCCCGGCCGUUCCUACUGUUGCCGCUACUGUGAUCGAGGAGGCGAAGCGAUUGGCAGCAUGGACUGCUGUGGAUAGACACGUCCUACCAGAACAUAAGAUCAUCGGCAUUGGCUCGGGCUCAACUGUUCCUUACGUCGUUGAACGUAUAGUCGCACAAGGUUCAGAAGUCAACAAGGAUCGAAUCUUCAUACCAACUGGUUUCCAAUCGAAGGAGCUCAUUAUCUCCUCCAAAUUACACCUCGGAGACGUGGACCAAUACCCAACCAUUGACGUUACUAUCGAUGGUGCAGAUGAAGUCGAUAGUGACCUGAACUGUAUCAAGGGAGGAGGUGCCUGCCACUUGCGGGAAAAGGUGCUCGCAGAGGCUGCUGAUACCUGGAUCGUUGUCGCAGACUACCGCAAAAACUCUCAAGUACUUGGAAGGAACUGGACACACGGAAUUCCCGUAGAAGUCGCACCUUUCGCCUACGCCAAGGUUCUGCUCAAUCUACAGUUGCUUGGUUCACCUAAAGCUACUUUGAGAAUGGGCAAGGCCAAAGCGGGACCGAUUGUGACUGACAAUGGUAACUUUGUCAUCGAUGCACCUUUCCCCGAGGAGCAAAUGAAGGAUCCAUACACUCUCCUGGCGAGAGUCAAGAUGCUUACAGGUGUUGUUGAGGUUGGCUUGUUCUGUCACAUGGCGAAAGCAGCGUACUUCGGCAACCAGGAUGGCAGUUUAACGAUCAGAUGGCAGGACGGGAAAAUUGAGCAGAUUGCUGCAACGCCCGACGCUCCUACCCAGGUUGAACCCGCAGUAUGAAUGAAUGGAGCGAUCGUGCUGUUUGGAAAUGAAGUUGAGUGAAAUCUACCCACAUGCUGUACGGAUGAAAGAUCUAGUGAAGUCAUGUUGUAUUGCAUAGAUUUAGUUGAAUACAGAAUGAUCCAUUGCACAUUGAAGUCUUCCCCAUUCUGUCAGUAUGAGUGAACCCAACGACCCACUUUUGCCGUGGUUCAAAAUCAUUCAACUUCGCCCAUCCUAUGCGAUUACGAUGCAUCUCACGAUCGCGUGUCUCUCCUUUACCUUUACUUUGUACUCAGAACUACCAUGUGAGAGGCGGUCUCUAGUUUGCAUGACCCGUAGGUCCAUCAAAACUUCGAUCACAACUUCCUGAACAAGUUGACUGGCCACUCUACUGCCACCCGUUAGCAGCGAGUGGCUCACCCCGCCACAACUGCCUCUCUAGGACAUGCCUGAGCCACUCCUCUCUU